UCUCGAGCCAGUGGCACAGUCAGUGAGAGCAGCGCGAGCACCUUCUGUCUGCGGUACCCUAGUUGAAUGCCCCUGAGCACCACCCGACUUCAGUGGCACAUAUUUGUCUGGUCGUCUCUCGUCAAUUUAAGUCUGGUCGUCUCUCGUCGAAUUUAAUGUCUAUAAUUAUCUCUCCUAGUUGAGGUGGCGCGAGGAAGAGCGGUCGUGGGCGACACACACGAACAAGGUCCGCAGCAUGUUAAGCUACUGUUGAAUGCAGGUGGCAGAGUGCUGUCGCUGUCCCCGGUGCUGAAUGCGCUCGCCAGCGGAUCUGUGGCAAGUGUUGCGAGACAGUAAACGGCUUAUGGUCGAGACAAUACGCAUGGACUGACGUGAAUGCUGAACAACAGCCAGGCGGUUAACAUAGCGCUGUUCAGAGUAAAUGGGAUCUCAAGUCCUCUAAUGUUUGAAGGAUGGAGAAAUUGUUCCUGUCAACCGUGCCACUGCUAAUUCUCAGCUGUCUAGGUGUCUCUCGCGUCUUAGCGGACAGCUUGGCGGCUCCUGUCAAUGUGACCAUCAAGGCUCUGAAGGCCAACUCUGCUGUGGUGACAUGGGACAUCCCCGAGGGGGACCCCGUCAUCGGAUUCGCAAUCACACAACAGAAAAAGGAUGUGCGCAUGCUGCGCUUCAUCCAAGAAGUGAACACUACCACCCGCUCCUGUGCAUUAUGGGACUUGGCGGAGGAGACCGACUAUAUUGUGCACGUGCAGUCCAUCAGCAUGAGUGGGCCCAUGAGUCCGCACAGCGAACCCCUGCGCUUCCGCACGCCCAAGGAGGCCGAGACACUGGCCUCCAAGAGUAAAGACGAGGUGACCAUGGAGGAAGUGGGAGCUCAGCUGAGGGCGGGGGAGUUCAUCAUUAUCGUGGUGGUGCUGAUCAUGUGGGCAGGUGUGAUCGCUCUCUUCUGCCGUCAGUAUGACAUCAUCAAAGACAACGAGCCCAACAACAACAAGGACAAAGCCAAGACCUCAUCAGAAUGCAGUACUCCGGAGCACCCGACGGGGGGGCUGUUGCGCAGUAAGUUCCCCAAGAACAAUAACAACAACAACCGGACGCCAUCUGUGAACAUCAUCGGGCUGUGAUGGCCAGGACCCUCUCUAAUCCAAAGGACUGAGUGUCUUCUGAACAGAGCAACCAAAAUGCCCAUCUGCUUGUUAGGGUGAAGCUGGGACUGUGGGCGCGCCCCCUCGGUCGUGCCCAGCCCUUUGGCACGGGCCUGGGUGUGAACUGGGCCCCCCGGACUCCAGGGGUCAGGCCUCAGUGGAGAGGCUCUAGGUGUGGUGGCAGGACGGUGGCUGUCACUGCUCUAAUCACUGCCACAGGGCCAAGGAGUUAAGGGCCAAAUGGAUUCAGCUGUAAGCUGAGAAACAGACGGGAGAUAUGAACAUGGCCAGGGGACUGCAGGUAACCCGGGCCAGAGACCAUCACUCUCUUAGCUUCAGUGGAGGCUGCUGAGGGGAGGACUGCUAAUAAUAAUGGCUGGAACAGAGAUUUAUGGCUGGAAUGGAGUUAAUGGAAUGGUAUCAAACUUGUCAAAAACAUGAAAACCAUGUGUUUGUUACCAUUCCAUUAACAUUCCAUUAUUAUGAGCCAUCCUCCCCUCAGCAGCCUCCACUGCUCAGCUUGUUAUCAAUGAACUGAAACACACUGUUUCCCCCCUGUUCACCAUGCUGCAACCGAGGCUGGAGCACUGAGAACCCUGUGAAAAUGAAUACCACCUGUUGUAUCUCCUCUCUUACACAGUAACCUUGUUUAUUUACUUAUUUGUCUCCUAUCAAGCUCUUGCUGUAAGGCAUAUACUGUCCUUACUACCGUUUAUCUCGUUUGACAUAUUAUGCCUCUUAUUCAAACUCAAACUAUAUCACUGUAUCAAAAUCUGUUUUCUUUUUUAUCAAUCUACUCAUGAAAACUUAUUUGCGAGUAUACCAACAGAGAUCAGUUAUCUUAUUGCUGAGGUACCACUUUAAUAAAUCUCCCUCUGGUUAAACUCCCUGAAACAUCAUCUGAGAGAUGUUUUCAUUCGAUCAGGGAAUCCAGACAACACAAGGCUAAUUUGGGAGGCCUUCCUGACGCAAGGCGACGGCAAGACACUUGUGCUGCAGAAUUCUCAAAAUACAGUGCCCCUUGAAUUAUCGAUCUACACACAAUACCCUAUAAUAACAAAAU